AUGGCACAGCGUCACGCCAGACAGCCUCCGGUGGCAGCGCUCGUGGCGGCCGCCGCUCUCCUGUCGGCGGCUUGCGCCCUCUCGGUGGCGGGCGACUCCCGGCCCGAGCCGGCGCUCGGAGGCGAGCCGGAGGCGGAGCUGGCGUCGCCGGGGGCGGACGCCGGGGGCGACGCGUACCUGGCCGAGGUGCAGGCGGACUGCGCCACGACGGGCGCCUCGUGGCCCUGCGCCAAGGCCAAGCUGCUGCGCUUCGCCGUCAGGGCCGCCGCCUCGCCACGGCAGGUGUUCCUGUGGGGCCCGCUGUCGCUGUCGCCGCUGGGCUCUGCUGGCUCUCCCGUCCUCUCCGGCCAGGCGCCGCUGUUCCCCGGGUCUGCGCCGCGCGCCGGUGACUCCGAGGCGGACAAAGCCAGCAAGUUCGCUCUGCGCAUGCUCGAGCGGUACACGCGCUCUCACGCGCUGCGCCUCGACCUGGCCCCGCGGGAUGACACCGACCGCCAGCUGGCGACCUCGGAGGCCCGCGGCAAGAAGAAGAAGGCGGCGAUCGUGCUGCCGCUGAUCCUCUUCAUGAAGCUGAAGGCGCUGCUGAUCCCCACGCUGCUGGGAGUGCUGUUCAUCAAGAAGCUGCUCGUGCUCGCCGCCGUCUUCCUGCCGGCGCUGCUCCACUACCUCAAGGCCUGCAAGAUGCCGUACCACCACCACCACGCAGUGGCGUACCAUGUGCCGCACGGCGACUGGUCGUCCAGCGGCGCCGACCACUCGGCCACUGGGGUGGACGGCCCCACGGGCUACGGCGGGAGCGGGGGCCACUAUGCCUCUCGUAAGCACCUGGCGGGCGGCCGGCGCUCCGCCCUGCGUCGCCAGAGGUACUGACUGCCACACAGAGAUGACGGACGUACUCAGCUGCGAAGCAGUUCUCCUGUGACGUCAAUACGGACGCUGGAGUUUUGUUAAUAGAUGACAGAGGUCGUCGAUGACGAAUGGGCCUCAGUCUACGACAGGAUGACUUGAACAUUUCAUACGAUAGACCUACGUUGACGUGAUAAACCAGUUAUACUAUUCAGUCGCUAAAGCAAAUGACUGUAAGACAGCAUGUUAACAAAGACAAAGUAGUACUGACUGCAGCAUGAUGCCAAAAAAAAAAAAAAAAUUACGUGUACACAUUGGACGACUAUCAUAGAGCUAGCCUCGUGUAAACUCAGGGCUCUCAAGAAGAAGACAACACUGCGUUACAUUUUAUUUAUUUCGUAAUUUAUUACUUAUUUAAUUUCUUAGUCUUCUGUCCUUACAGUUCAUUGUUCUUCUAGACUUCAUCUAAUUUUAUGGAUAUUUUUAGUACAGUGUACUAUAGAUAAAGUAUUAAGAAACAAAAGUAGUACAAAGACCAAAAGUCAAAAGAACGGUGGCAUUAUUUAUCACGUGCCCAGUCCACGAAAGGCGAAGUCUGCUGUAAUUCAAUAGUAUUUAUACUGACAAAGCUGUGAUUCUUAUUUCAUAUUAAUAAAAUAUUGUAUAUA